AAGAAGAGCGUCUAAUUGGUAACUAUGCCAUGUGGAGUAAUCAGGCGUGUGCGAUGGGACCCAGCUGGACCUCCAACGCCACUGGACCAUGUAGAGGCGAACAGGGUAGCGCGCGAUUUUUAUCCCUAAACUGCGUCCUGCUCGGUUGCACUUUUUUGUUGGGGGUGCCGAGUAACCUUCUCGUCUGCUGGCUUGUGCUCAGAAACAAAACUUUGCAGACGGCCAACAACGCGCUCUUGGUCAACUUAGCUGCGGGCGACCUGCUGAGAUGCUUGGUGGAUUCUCCGCUGUUUCUCGCCUCUCUGGUGCUGGGCGCCUCUGCGCUCUGCUCCACGCAGCAGUUCACCUUCGCGCUCUGCAGUUGCGCGCAGCUGCUCGGUUUGGUGGCCAUAAGCGUGGAGAGGUACCACUCCAUCGCCUUCCCGUUCAGGACGCAGAGAAGGAAAGAGCGAAGCCGGACCUGGAUUCUUCUCGUCUGGUUGGUCUCCUUCUUCGUAGCGAUUCUCUCCCUCAGUCUGAGCGAAGACCCUCAGUCCUACAUGAUGUGCCCCCACCUAAACUCGCCAAAGCUCUACACGGACCCGUUUGGCGCGUGCGUCCUGGUCCCUAUCUGGACUGUAUGUAUCGUUAUAAUAAUCGCUCACUAUCUUCGCAUCUUCAUAGUGGUGAGGCGACACGCCAGUAAAGUGUUUGACAUAGACGUUCAGCCGAGAGCGUCCAUCGCGAAGCCCCCUUUAGGCUGGUCCAGCCUGGCUGCUUCAGCACCAUGGACAGCGCCCGCAGGGCUGCCGGAGCCCAGCGCAUGCGUGGAAGGAGGGUCGAAGUGGGAAGAGCCACACACGACCCCAAGGAUAAUGGGCGCCGUGUGCGUCCUCACCCCGAAAGCCAAAGAACUAGGCAAGAAAAGGCUGGAGGGCAAACUGGCCAAGCGCCUGGGCUACAUCAUCAUAGCAGUCAUCCUGUUCUGGCUCCCGCUGGUGCUGACCCUUGUGCUCAACAAUUUUGUAGACUACACCGAGAGCUAUGAUGGGCUGCUGGGUGGUCUGUACUUCUCUGCCUCAGUGGUGUCAUGUGUUCCUGCUGCUGUGGAUCCACUCAUUUACACACUUCUGCAGCGCCAGUUCCGCACACAGCUACACAAACUCUUCAGCACCAGACCGCUCUGCUGAGCACCAACUGUACAGUCAACCUCUGACACACUCACAGCUGACUGAAGGAACGUUCUCUCCCUCUCAAACUGACAGCUGAUUGGAGGAUUGUCACACAUGCACAUCGUGAACUUUAUUUGAUCUGAAUUGAAAUGAAAUGGUGACUCGGACAUGUAAAGCACUGUUCAGUUAUUUAACUCUACAUUCUGUCAGUGACAGCAGUAAAGUGAAGUCUACCCCUUUAAAACUGACAAACUGAAGAACUUAGAUUCAUAGAUUAACUAGAAAUUGUGUACUUCUUUGUAUUUCUAAUGUAUUCUGAAAAAUUUCACUCCCAAUUUUUUUGUGUUUUAUUGUGUUUAUAUUUACAUCCUUCUUUCCUUUUCUCCAGUUAGUUUUCUCCAGUGUCUUCAGUUAAGACUAUGACCCAUAUACACUCACCGGCCACUUUAUUAGGGGAAGAAAGGUGAUUUA